AUGGUUUUGUUCCCUUCCUUCCACCUACACCAUGCCCCAGCCCUGCCCGUCGACCCUAUGGGGAUCUUCAUGAAGAUGUUCCACAGAGUUCAAGAGGUCGGCUACAGGAACGGGGAGAUUCUCCAGAGGGCGGCGUUAGAGGCAGAAGGGAAGGAUGAGGCCUAUGAGAAGUGGGCCAACGAGAUGGCGAGUCAUGGCAUGGAUCCCUCGGCGUGGCAGAAGGUUCCCCCACCACCACCUCGUAGAUGCACUCCCAAUUAUGAUAUGUGCCCUAAGGGAUGGCACAGGUCGGUGUAUAUGGGGAAGUGUGGCUUCAAAUGCGAGGCGGACGAUCCCUAUGAGGGGGGAGGACCAUGCUUCCCUAUAAAGGACCUCAGUUGUAUGGGGUAUAAGGAUAAGGAGUUUAUGAGCGAGCAUUGCGCUUGGGAUUGGCCUUGUCGUCACCCCUUCGCCCCCCGAGCGCCCUAUAACCCCCAUCCACCUCUCACUGGGUGGUGGGAUUGGCUAGUCAAGUAUCGUCAUUUAGUGACAGUUCUGGCUGGAGGGAUGCUCUCGGCCGGGAUCACUCGAAAGCUGAGUAGAAGAGAGGAUGAUGAGCACCACGAGGGGUCAUCCCUCGUCACCACUUCGGAGGGGAGGACCUCUCCCCGCUCGAGCUCGGAGGCUGUAGAGAGCACUGAGCUGAUGGAACAUGCUGUUGGUGCUGUAUUGCUGCUGGUUAUUCUUGUGGGGUCGUCAGCUUUCCAUUCUGUGGGUUUGUCCUUGGUGAUGAUAAAAUGUCAGCAGGUCGACGAUGAGAACGAAAAUAAGGAGAAUGCUGGCCGCAACGCGAAUGUCGAGUUGCCCGACGAUCGUAACAGCCGAGUGAAGAAGGCCACUAGCGACACUGCAGCCUCCACUGAGGAUACCACUCCUGAUGAAGUCCAGCCACGUCGGGGGGUGGUGGUCGAGGAAGGCCGUCGACAAGCGAGAGAAGAUGUGAACAGUGUAGUUCAGCAGGUCGCGCCUGAGACUCCUCCUAAGAGACCGAUGCCCAGUAACGCUGCGGGGUCGAUGGCGAAGAAGCACAAGUUUGGCAAAGGAGACUUUAAACGACUUGUCAUCCGAGACAUUGUUCUGGAAAACUUCAAGUCGUAUGGUGGUCAUAAGUACAUCGGCACAUUCUCGAACAACUUCUCUGUGAUUGUCGGUCCUAAUGGAUCGGGAAAAUCAAAUAUCAUCGAUGCCAUGCUUUUCGUUUUCGGCAAGAAGGCUAAGCAGAUUCGACAGAACAAGCUAGCUGAGCUCAUCCACAACGCUGGUGGGGAAAGGCCGGACCGAGCCAGGGUUAAGAUUGGUUUUGCAGAGGUCAACAAUGAGGAUGGUCAGGAGAUACCUGGCUCGGCCUUCACGAUCUCUCGGGAGUGUUAUGCUAACAGUUCAAGCAAGUACGCUAUAGACGAUCGCACAUCCUCCUGGACCGAAGUCGGUGACCGCCUUCGGGGGUAUGGCAUCGACUUAGAUCACAAUAGGUUCCUCAUCCUACAGGGAGAAGUGGAAUCGAUUGCUAUGAUGAAGCCGAAGGGGGAAAGCAGUCAGCCGGGCUUUCUGGAGUUCCUUGAGGAGAUCAUUGGAUCCGAAGUGUAUAUAGAGGAUAUCGAGAAGUCCACAGAGGAAAUGAAUAGACUUGUUGAAGAUAGAAAUAUGCAUUUGAAUAGAGUCAAUGCUGCUCAUAAGGACGUAGUGGCGCUGGAAGGGCCCAAGAGGGAAGCUAUGAAAUAUGUUAAAGUUCAAUGUAAGCUGAUUGGGGCGAAGGCUAAGUUGGUACAGUAUAGCAGGGGAAAGGCGGACAAUAGGCGGAGAGAGGCAGAGGCGGAGAGGAAGGAAGCGGAGGAGGCUUUGAAGGAGAUGAUGGAGGAAAUUGAAGAGGCCAAUCAGAAGCUGAAGGCGGCCGAGGGAGAGUGCAGGGUUAAGGAGAAGGUCUGCCAUAAGAUCAGUCACAAGUGCGAUAAGUUGUUGAAUAAGUUUAACGAAAUGGACCGACAGUUGACCAAGUCAAAGGAGGAUUUGAAGGCGUGUGAGAUGAAAUUGAAGCGCACGAAAAAGGAGAUAACAGUGAAAGAGAAUAAGGCGGAGAAGCUGCAGGAUGACGCCAAGGAGAUGGAAGAGGUCGACUUGCCUAAAGUAGAAGAUGAGAUAAGUAAGUUGGAGGAAAGGAGUGGUAUUGAAAGGGAGAAGCUGGAGGAGAUAUAUGGGAAAGAGGCUAAGUGCAGCACUGAGAAGAAUAGAGACGUGGAGUUGGAUGGUAGGGAGGAGCUGGACAAGUUGACCAAGGAUCUGGACGAGCUGAGGUCUGCGGAAUCAGAGUAUAAGAGGGAAAUAAACGACAUGCUGAAACAGAAGAAACAGCUGACAGAUAAAGUUUCUGCCGCCCAGGGCCAGCGGGCUAGGAUUGAGCAGGAAAAGCAGAUUAUGGUGGAUAAGUUGAAACAUAGGGAGGAAGCAGUGGAGGAGAGCAAACGAGUGAUGGAACAGUACUCUGGGAGGAUCCACCAGAAUGAGGAGAGGAUCGCGGAGAUCUAUGAGGCAUUGAAACAGAACGGCAUUGAGGGCACCGACAUUCACAAUAAAAUAGAGAGUACCCACGUGAAGAUGCAGGAGAGUGGUGCUUCUCAAGGAGCACCUAAUCUAAGACGAGCUGUAAUGCAAGCAGCCCGAUCUGGUCAGCUGAAGGGAGUCCACGGCCGAUUGGGAGAUCUAGGGACAGUUGAUGAUAUAUACGAUGUGGCGGCUUGCACAGCGGCUGCAGGGACAUUGGAGAACAUGGUGGUUGAUAAUGCUGAGGCGGCCCAAGCGGUAGUGGAGUUUUGUAAGCAGAGGAGGUUGGGAAGGGUGACGUGCAUUAUACUGGACAAGGUCAUUAUUAGCCUCACUAUGUCGAUCAAGCCGGCAGGAAACCCUCCAGAAGAUACUCAGCGUCUCAUCGACUUGAUUAAGCCGACCGAGAGGAAAUUCCGUGCUGCAUUCUACUUCGCGGUUCGAGAGACCUUGGUAGCUAAGGACCUGAAUCAGGCUCAGAGGGUUGGUCACGGCGAGAGUACCAGUGGGCGUCGGUACCGUGUCGUAUCACUGGAUGGAAAGCUAGUGGAGACUAGUGGGGUGAUGUCGGCUGGUGGCAGGACAGUUAAGGGCCUCUUUGGAUCACAGCGAGGAAGGGAUCCCGAGACUGGAAGCUAUCAGAAGCUGGAGCAGCAAGUCGCUCGACUGAAGCAGAAGUCAGGCUCAUUAGAGGCAGCCAUGAUCGACGAGCUCAAGACGGCUCGUGAGAAGCUCACUAACGAGCGCCUGGAGCUGCAGGACAUGAACAGACAGAUGAAAGCGACGCUGGCGGAUCAUGAACAGCGACAGCAGCAGCCGGUAGACCUGGAGGCUGUGAAGCUGUCGAUACAACAAUUCGACCGACAACUGGAAGCAAUAGUAUGUCCGGAACUAAGUGACAGAGAGAAGAAGGAGGUAGCGGAGCUAGACGGGAAGAUUGAGGAAAAGCAGGGAGAGCUGAAUGAGAUUCAAGGAGGAGUCAGAGAGCUCUUGGAGGCUAUACAGUUGUUGAAGGAUAAGAUACUGAGAUCGGAGGGAGAUAAGACACGAGCACAGAAGAAGAAGAUGGAGGAUUUGAAGAAGUCCUUGGAUGAGAGGAAAACCGACAAGCGACGGGUGGGCAAAAUGUCGCGCGCCACGAAAUUACCAGGCUUGUUGCUCCAGUUGGCUCUGAAUAUUCGUAAAGCUCGAGAGAAUGCCGAGAAGGCGUUGAAGGAGGCCAAGCAGCUCCGCAAGGACAUUGACGCUCUGGAGAAGGAGGAAGAGGAGCGGCGACCAGAAUCUGAGAAACUGCAAGAGCUUGCCUUGGGACUGUUCGAGGAUCAUAAUCAGCUACUGGAGCAGCGGAAAGAAUACGAGAAGGAGGUGGAAGCGUUGAAGGAGGAAGUGAAGAAGAUUCGUGAUGAACACCAAGAUGUGAGGAAGAGGGAGGAAGAUCUAAAGAUGGCCUAUGAGGAGAAGUACGUUGGGUAG